UGAAAAAAAACCCAUGGGUGACAGAAGAUUCAUUGACUUCCAAUUCCAAGAUUUAAAUUCAAGCCUCAGACCCAGGUUGGGCAAUGCUACUGCCAAUAAUACUUGCAUUGUUGAUGAUUCCUUCAAGUAUAAUCUGAAUGGUGCUGUCUACAGUGUUGUAUUCAUCCUGGGUCUGAUAACAAACAGUGCCUCUCUGUUUGUCUUCUGCUUCCGCAUGAAAAUGAGAAGUGAGACUGCUAUUUUCAUCACCAAUCUGGCCCUCUCUGAUUUGCUCUUUGUCUGCACUCUACCUUUCAAAAUAUUUUACAAUUUCAACCGCCACUGGCCUUUUGGUGACACCCUCUGCAAGAUCUCUGGGACUGCAUUCCUAACCAACAUCUAUGGGAGCAUGCUCUUCCUUACCUGCAUUAGUGUGGAUCGUUUCCUGGCCAUUGUCUAUCCCUUCCGAUCUCGUACCAUUAGGACCAGGAGGAAUUCUGCCAUUGUGUGUGCUGGAGUCUGGAUCCUAGUCCUCAGUGGUGGUAUUUCAGCCUCUUUGUUCUCCACCACUAAUGUCAACAAUGCAACCACCACCUGCUUUGAGGGCUUCUCCAAACGUGUCUGGAAGACUUAUCUGUCCAAGAUAACCAUAUUUAUUGAAGUUGUUGGUUUUAUCAUUCCUCUGAUAUUGAAUGUCUCUUGCUCUUCUGUGGUGCUAAAAACCCUCCGUAAGCCUGCUACACUAUCUCAAAUUGGAACCAAUAAGAAAAAAGUGCUGAAGAUGAUCACAGUGCAUAUGGCAGUCUUUGUGGUAUGCUUCGUACCCUAUAACUCAGUCCUCUUCCUGUAUGCCUUGGUGCGCUCCCAAGCCAUUACCAGUUGCUUGUUGGAAAGAUUUGCAAAGAUCAUGUACCCAAUCACCUUGUGCCUUGCAACUCUGAACUGUUGCUUUGACCCUUUCAUCUAUUACUUCACCCUUGAGUCCUUUCAGAAGUCCUUUUACAUCAAUACCCAUAUCAGGAUGGAGUCUCUGUUUAAGACUGAAACACCUCUGACCACAAAGCCUUCCCUUCCAGCUAUUCAAGAGGAAGUUAGUGAUCAAACAACACAUAAUGGUGGUGAAUUAAUGCUAGAAUCCACCUUCUAG